AUGUCGUGUCCGACACCUAAAAUAACCAAUGUCCGGUUUCGCAAUGGCCUCUCAUUACCCAAAGAGGCUGAGAUUGCCUUUUCGGACCAAAACUGGACCAAAAUACGUGGCAAGGUACGCUUUCAUGACGAAACACCCGAAAUCGCUAGCUUGUACUCGACUCUUCAGGAUGGUCAGUCGGCUUCUCCCACCGAUUCUAGUAGGUUAGAAGUCGGGCCGAGAGAUGAUCUUGAUAACCCGAGCGGUCUACUGGCACCAUAUGCAGCUAAUGGAGCCGGUGAAGCCGGUGCCGCCCAAUUCUCAGCUUCUACGGAAAAUGCGUCACCAUCUGUUCCACUGUCUUCUCCAAGUACAAUCGAAUCAAGGACAUCCUCUAAACCUUCGCCCUUAAGUGAAAGAGAAGCCAUAUUGUUGAGAAAUUUUGUCGAAAACAUGGCGCUCUGGGCUGAUAUUACCGACCCCCAACGUCAUUUUGAAACAGAGGUUUCAGCCCGGUCAUUGAAGGAGCCUAUCUUACGCUAUGCAAUUUUUGCAUUUUCCUCGCGCCAUCUUGACCGACAAGACAAGAGAGAUGUAACAGAGGCACUACAGUACCAUAAUUGUUGUGUUCAACUACUUAUUCCUGCACUUUCUGGGCGCGAGCACAUCACCGAGGAUAUACUAGCUGCUGUCGCUAUACUCCGUCAGCACGAAGAAAUGGAUGGGGAGGACAAUCAAUUCCAUCUCACUGGUACAACUCAUAUCCUGAAUACCGUAUCAACUUUUGGCUCUUCAGGUGGCCUGGGCGAAGCUGCUGCUUGGCUCUGUUUGCGGCAGGAUAUCUAUAUCUCGCUAACCAGUCAACGGCCUCUGCGGACCAACCUACAAAGCUUCUUCCACUCAGAUGUGUUUCAACGAAAUGAUGACUUUGCAUGGUCAAGCAGAAUGGUCUUUCUACUUGCUAAUGUUCUCCAAUGUGCUUUCACAAACACCACUAUAACAGAUGUCACCGACCACGAGAUCGAAGAGUGGUAUUCCACUAAACCGCACACCUUCGACCCGGUUAGAUUAGUUCCACAAGGCCCUGGGCCAGAUCAACGACUUCCGAUCAUGUGGAUGUUACUCCCCGUACAUGGUGACUGGUCCUCAUAA